UCAGUGCGAGCAGUCAGCUGUCCUGCUAAAGCUCCCCCGGUUAGCUAACCGCCGAUAAAAGCCGAUAUAUUCUAGUUAUUUAACAUAAUGGACAAAACUCCCACAAGAUACAACGUGCAGUUAUAUAUUUAUGAUUUAUCACGGGGGAUGGCUCGCAGUCUGAGUCCCAUCAUGUUAGGAAAGCAACUCGAUGGUAUAUGGCAUACCGCUAUAGUGGCAUAUGGUGAUGAGUUUUUCUUUGGUGGAGAGGGAAUUUCUAGCUGUUCACCGGGUGGGACCAUGUUGGGUCCUCCGGAUACAGUUGUCGAGCUCGGAGAAACUGAAGUAUCAGAGGAAAUCUUCAUGGACUAUCUUUCCUCAUUGGGAGAAAGCACAUACAGAGGUGACAAAUAUCGCCUUUUUGAGCACAACUGCAACACCUUUACCAAUGAAGUAUCCCAGUUCCUGACCGGAAGAACAAUACCUUCUUAUAUCACUGACCUUCCAUCUGAAGUCCUUUCCACACCAUUUGGCCAAAUGCUGCGGCCUAUUCUGAAUUCCAUUCAUAUUGCCCCUCCUGGAGGAAAUGUCAUCAAUGAACGAAGAAACGUCUGACAAGAAAGGUGCAGCAGGGCCAAGAGUUCAAGGUUACUUCCAGUGUAAUCAAUCAAAAUAAGAAUAUAUAUCUUUAGUUUUUUAUUGUUUGGGUCAUCACAGCAAACCAUAAAAAAUUUGCCAAUUUUAUAUUUGUACCAAUAUUUUAAUUUCAAAUGUUGAAGUUUCUUCCCCACUACACUAUUGACUACAAUGGAAGUAAUCUUCAAACUAUUUGAUGUAUUACAUUUCAAAGAUGCAGAUUGUUGAACGAUGGGACCAUUGUGAUUCAGUUCUAUUACAGCAUUUCCUGUAUCCACACAUUGUCCCUUUUUAGUUCCUUUGUGCAAUAUUUUAAAGCAUUGUAUGUUAGGCAAUCACAUGACACCGGAGGCUAUCAAUAUUAUUUAUUUAUUUAUUGCUAUUAAUAUUAUUGAUUUAUUUAUCACCAUCUUAUAUUAUACUGACUGCUUUUGCCAAUUUUAUAAUUUUAUUAAAAAGUAGGCUCUAUUGUUUCAAGGACAAAUUGUUUUUCAGUAGCCCCAGAGUGUGUUCCAGACCUGAACACUUCUGUGCCUUCAUUUUAUUCUUGACUACAGUGCUUUCCUAUGAAGUUGGCCAACACAGAUAUCAGUGUGUAUGAAGCUAUUUAUGUCUAUCAAUGCAAACUAUUUUGAUUUAUUAGUUUUAAAAUUAUAUUAUUUAUAAUUUAUUUAUUACAGUUCACAGUGCAAUGCAGAUGCUAUGAACCCAAAAACGCUGGGAUGUUGUGUAAAAUGUUAAACUAAAAUAAAUCUUAAACUUUGAUCUUAAGUGGUCCCAAAAGAAACAUAAAAGAUGCCUGUCAGUAUUAAUACCUGAUUUAUUACAGUUUAAAUACAUUUUAUAACACGUCAAUGCCCCAACGUUUUUGAAAUAUAAGUUUUUAUGUUCGAGAAUCGCCUGUCUAACACUCCAAUCUCGAAGCGCCAUGCCAUAAAUACACGAACACAUCUCCUCACUCAAACUCAAUGGUCUUUGCAUCUUAAACAAUGUGAGGGAUUACCGGAUACACAUUAUAAAAAGACAACCAGGAGAUUACAGCGUGAUUAAAGCCAGCAUUACCCAUCUUCAGCCUCCUGCAAUAACUAUACCCAGCUCCACAACACCGAUCCGCACACUAGAACAAUGAAUGUGCAAAUGUGUCUAAACUGCAUUGAGUACAUUGUCAAAGCUCAGGUGACGUGAUUUUUGCCUUGUGAUUUAGCUGUUCUGCUAACACACAUGCUAACAACCUACCUGACCACUGAAAUGUAUUACUGCACAACCCUUGUUCUCUACUUGUAACAUCACAUUUGAACCUUUCCUAUUCUUUGUUUAAGAUAUUUGACCAUAGAUGUUUUGUGUAUAUUGUUUGUACCUUUGUGUAAUUGUUUUUGUAUUUGUAAAGCUCUAUAAAUCCACUGACUGCAAAACUAA